AGUGGAAGGUGUGAAAAUGAGCGGUAGAGGAAAAGGAGGUAAAGGCCUGGGUAAGGGAGGCGCCAAGCGUCAUCGCAAAGUUCUUCGUGAUAACAUCCAGGGCAUCACCAAGCCCGCUAUCAGGCGCCUUGCUCGUCGUGGUGGAGUGAAGCGUAUCUCUGGUCUCAUUUACGAGGAGACCCGUGGUGUCCUUAAGGUGUUCCUGGAGAACGUUAUCCGUGAUGCCGUCACCUACACCGAGCAUGCCAAGAGAAAGACCGUUACUGCCAUGGACGUCGUUUAUGCUCUGAAACGCCAAGGUCGUACUCUGUACGGAUUUGGUGGCUAAAGACCCAAGGUUUCUUUCUCAAGAUGAAUCA